CACGCCUCCGCGAGUAGAACUGUUGAAGAAGCUACGUGCAAAAUUGCAUAUAGUUACUUUACACCUAUUCAUGAUCCUGUUAUCAACUCACAGCUCGUGGACAGAUACAGUUGUUCUCGCUCAGUAGACAAAAUGACUUCUGUAGCUUUGUACACAAUAAACAACUCAGCGAGAUCAAUAGCAAGACUGUGUCGAGCGUCCCGCUCUGCGCAUGGUACUGCUGAUUUCCACUCUUUCGUAGCCCGUUACUCUACCCUCCGUAAAUGUGCCUUUCUUCCGGGAGGAAAAUGGUCAUUCGUAAGAGCAGGAACGAGACAGAUGUCUCAAGCUUCGCCGGGGAGGAUCUCACUCGGGCGGUACGGUAAAGGUGUAUUUCUGGCUGCUGGGGCAGCAGCUGUCACUGGGGUUCUGGCGGCAGGUGUAAGUCACUUUCAGCGGGCAGAAAUGGCAACGAAGAUUUCCAAGGUUGAAGAAGUGGAGGGAGACAUGCGGGAAAGAUGCAAGUCGUUCAUGUCUCCACCAGUCACUGACAUCAAGGUCUUAGAGACGAGGAAAGACGCGAUGUCUACGAGAAUGGAGAUGCUCAUCAUGGAGACGCAGGCUGCGUUCUGUAAAGCCCUUGAGGAGGUGGAUGGAGGAACGUUCAAGGUGGACACCUGGACUAGAAAAGAAGGUGGAGGGGGCAUCAGCUGUGUGUUGCAAGAUGGGAAGGUUUUUGAGAAAGCGGGUGUGAACGUAUCCGUGGUGUUUGGGAAUCUCACCGAGGAGGCCGCCAAACAAAUGCGCAGCCGUGGAAAAGUUCUGAAAGGGAAAGAUGGGAAGUUGCCGUUCUGUGCCAUGGGUGUGAGUUCAGUCAUACACCCCAAAAACCCCCACAUUCCCACAGUGCACUUCAACUACAGAUACUUUGAGAUUGAGGAAGCAGAUGGCACAAAGCAGUGGUGGUUUGGUGGAGGAACGGAUCUCACUCCUGUUUACAUUAAUUUGGAAGAUGCCGCCCAUUUUCACAAGACUUUAAAGAAAGCAUGUGACAAGCACAAUCCUAAAUUUUACCCAGACUUCAAAAAGUGGUGUGACAACUACUUCUACAUCCGUCACCGAGGAGAGACGAGAGGCAUUGGCGGGAUCUUUUUUGAUGAUUUGGAUUCGCCCAAUCAGGAGGAGGCUUUUAAUUUUGUGAAGAGCUGUGCUAAAACUGUGGUGCCCUGUUACUUGCCCAUAGUAUACAAACAUCUAAAUGACUCCUUUACCCCGGAGGAGAAGGGCUGGCAGCAAGUCAGGAGAGGCAGAUAUGUGGAAUUUAAUUUAGUGUAUGACAGAGGGGUGAAAUUUGGCCUGGCCACACCUGGGUCACGCAUCGAGAGCAUCCUGAUGUCCCUACCGCUUACUGCAAGGUGGGAGUACAUGCAUGAGCCCACAAAAGGCACUAAGGAAGCAGAGAUACUGGAGGUCUUACGAAACCCUAAAGAAUGGAUAUGAUUGAGAGGAAGAUUCAUUCGUCCACUCACCAAUAUUGGUUGGGAAUUGUGAAAAUGGAGGGUGGGUUUGUCUCUGGAUACCAAACAUAUCAGCAACCUCUAGAUAUUUAGAUAGAACAACAACAUUCAGUAAAAUAGACUAUGGCAGGACACAUUUGACUCAUUGGCUCUUUGCUGACUGACUGCUACACAGCACGAUUACUGGCUUGGCUGUAAUGAACUCUCUAUCACUGCCAUUGGCUGUAUGGAUUCACUGGAGAGGCAGUGUUUACUCCUGUGACAGUGUUACUUAGUUACAGCUUUGUUUCUGCUUGCACUGCUUUAAUUAUGACUACUGGUGUAUUCGAAACUGUUAAUGACCUUGGUAUGCUGUUUUUGAAUGGACGUGUCAGCCUCGUAUGUCUAAAUGGUCAUGUUUAACCUGUGCUGAUGCAAGCGCCAUGCCAUUAUUGCUUUUCUAGCACUGUUCGUUUUCUCUCUCACUUCAAGUCCAUUUUUGUGUCCUGUCAUGCACUAACAGAUCUCUAUUCCACUACUGGGCUUUUUUUUGUUUUUUACAGAUAUUAAAAUUAUAAUAAGAAAUAUUCUCAGGACAAUGUAAUGUUGCUAUUCUGUGUAUUAAAAAAACAAUAAAGUGUUUUUAAAUGUGGUUUAAUUUGGUAUACAUGUCAAUAAAGUAUAAGUUUUUUAGUAAA